UCCCAUUUGCAACCACGAGAUAUUUCUAGAGAGAGAAAAAGACGGAGGAGAAUUAUCCAACCGUCGUCCCCACCCACCACCGCCGCCCCCAGAUCUGAAAGAUGCACGCCUACGCCAGCGUCAGCACCGCCGAUGACGUCAAGGUCGGAGACAUCGACAUCGAGUCCGGGGAACGCCUCUACCCUGGAAUCGGCCACGGCGAGAAUCAGCUGCGAUGGGGAUUCAUACGCAAGGUCUACGGCAUACUGGCGGCGCAGAUCCUCGUCACAACCGCAGUCACCGCCGCCACGGUUCUCUACGUGCCGAUCAACGACCUCCUUCGCGAGAAUUCUGGCUUCCUGCUUUUCCUCGUCUUCAACAGACAUUUGAUUUGUAUGACAGUGUUGUGGCCACUCCAUAUCUAUCGCCAGAAGCAUCCAUUGAACUUGGUUUUCCUCGGGCUCUUCACUGCUUCUAUGAGUCUAACUGUUGGAGUGAGCUGCGCUAACACUGAAGGAAGACUUGUGCUUGAAGCUUUGAUAUUGACCUCAGCUGUAGUUUCAGCACUGACUGGCUACACCUUCUGGGCUGCUAAGAAAGGAAAAGACUUCAGCUUUCUGGGACCAAUCUUGUUUACUAGCCUGUUCAUCUUGAUCUUGACCGGUUUUAUUCAGAUGGUAUACCCAUUGGGAUCUACCUCUGUCGCUGUCUACAGUGCGAUCAGUGCCAUAAUCUUCUCAGGAUACAUUGUUUAUGAUACUGAGAACCUAAUCAAGCGUUUCACAUACGACGAGUACAUCUGGGCGUCGGUCACCCUUUAUCUGGACGUUCUCAACCUGUUCCUCACCAUUCUGCGGAUGCUGAAACAAGAUAACUGAGGCCACACUCUAAU